ACAAGAUGUCGUCAUCGUUAUCGGAUCGGAGCUCCAAGAAGGUCUGCAUCGUCGGCGCCGGUCUAGCCGGCUUGGCGGCCGCGCGCGAGCUCCGGCGAGAGGGCCUCGACGCCACGGUGCUCGAGCAGUGCGGCGGCGUCGGCGGGCAGUGGCUGUACGACGCGGCGACCGACGGCGGCGAUCCGCUCGGCUUGGCCGGCGUGCACAGCAGCAUCUACGCCUCGCUCCGUCUCAACAGCCCCAGGGAGGUCGGCGGAUUCUCCGAUUUCCCAUUCCGCCCCAGCAACGGCGGCGGCGACGCGCGGCGGUACCCCGUCCAUAGCGAGUUGCUCAGCUACAUCACGGAGUUCUGCGACGUGUUCGGCCUCAUGGACGCCGUCAGGCUCAGCACGACCGUCGUUCGCGUCGCUAUGGCGCCGCCGCGGCGCGACGGCUCGCUACGGUGGACGGUGGGGAGCAAGCGCGACGGCGAAGAAGUGGAGACGGAGGAGGUGUUCGACGCCGUCGUGGUGGCCACCGGGCACUACUCCCAGCCAAGGCUUCCAAGGAUCGACGGGAUGGACAGGUGGAGGCGGCGGCAGCUGCAUAGCCACUCGUACCGCGUUCCGGACUCCUUCCACGGCGAGGUCGUCGUCAUCGUUGGCUGCAGCGUGAGUGGUAAGGAAAUCGCCCUUGAGCUCCAGCGCGUCGUCAAGGAGGUGCACUUCAGCGCCAGGUCCAUGGAGGAGGAAGCCAUGAAGCCGGCGAUGGCUAAGUUGCUCGCCAGGUAUGCCAACAUUCACCUACACCCGCUGAUCGAACACCUGUGCGACGACGGGCGGGUGGUGUUCCACGACGGCUCAUGCGUCGUCGCCGACACAAUUAUCUACUGCACUGGCUACUCCUACUCGUUCCCGUUCCUGGAGACGGAGGGGAAGGUCACCGUCGACGAUAACUGCGUCGGGCCGCUGUACGAGCACGUGUUCCCGCCGGCGCUGGCGCCGUCGCUGUCGUUCGUGGGCAUCCCGGCCAAGGUGAUCCUGCCGCGGUUCGUCGAAGCGCAGGCGAGGUGGGUGGCGCAGGUGCUGUCCGGCCGGAGGACGCUGCCGUCUCCGGAGGAGAUGCUACGCGCCGUCGAGGAGCACGCCGCAUCCAUGGAGGCCGCCGGCACGCCGAAGCGGCGGACGCACGACCUGCUGCUGGACCUGGAGUACUGCGACGAGUACGGCGAGCGCACCUGCGGCUUCCCGCGGAUUGAGCAGUGGAAGAAGGAGCUCAUCCGGUCGUCCAUCUCCGACAUGCGGGACGACAUCGAGACCUACCGCGACGGCUACCACGACAACGAGGUCGUCACCCAAGGCCUGCGGCUGCAUGGCUGGACCUGGACCUGGAUGCAGGAGAAGGACGACGGCGGCGGCGAAGAAGGAAUCGUACAGGCCAUGGGCUCUCUUCCUGUCUAAAGAAAAAUUACUCCUACAUAAGCAUUUGGACUCCACUAAAAUUGUUGGCCUGUCUGUCAUAUACAGUGUAUAUAUAUCAUAAAAAAUGAUUUAUAAUUCGAUUAAUCUCAGAAUUUCUAGCCUGUAAGAGACAACGU